GAGAAUCUAUCUCACCAAGCUAGAAAGAGAGAAGCAAAGAGAUGAGGAACCAGCGCCUAGCUCCUACCACUUGCUCCUCUUCAAAGACCAACAACAACAAGCAAGAGGAGCCACACCUCUCGGGGGCUUACAUUAGGAGCCUUGUGAAGCACCUCAGCUCGUCAUCUACAACGAGAUCCAAAGACCACCAUCGCAUCACCAUGGGCACCAAGCCGCAGCAAGAAGAGCAACAAGCGCCCCAAACCACACCACCAUCUCUACAGCAGCAGCAGCAGCCACACAAGAAGCAAGUGAGGAGGAGGCUGCACACAAGCAGGCCAUACCAGGAGAGGCUACUCAACAUGGCGGAGGCCAGGCGAGAGAUCGUCACGGCUCUCAAGAUCCACAGAGCCUCCAUGAGAGAAGCCAAGGAGCAGCAGCAACAUCAACAACUUGUGCAAGAAUUUCAGCAUCAGCAAGAGGUCCAGGUAGUGCAAGAUCAUAGGCUAGCUUGUAGUGCACCCAGCAUGAGCUCAUAUGGUUCCUUCUCAGAUUACCCAUUUGCACACUCCACAGCAACAAACAGUAGUUGCUCAUAUUACUCAUCCCCACUCCUCUCUUACCACACACCACCAGCUGCACCCAUGGUUCCCAUGGUUGAUGCUCUAGAUCACUUGCUGCCGCUGCCUACGCAGCCACUUGGGCUUAACCUGAGCUUCCAAGGCUUCGGCGGGGACGUUUCUGGCGAAGAUGCCAAGAACAACACUGCUUCUAGCUUCUUUGAUCCUCCUCCGUUGCUCCAACAACCCUCGCCUGCCUCCUCCUACUCGGUCUACUCCUCUCCGCCAGCGACGACGAUGGCGAGCCAGGACGUGGCAUCCGCCACCGUCGAGAACACUUCGCCGUCGCUACACCGGGUGCUGGAUGAGGAGGAGAUGGCGGCGAUCUACUCGGUUGGGGAGCAACACGACAUCGAGUGGAGCGACACGCUGAACCUGGCCACGUCGGCGUGGUGGAGCACGCUCCUCGACGACGGCGCUGCGGCGGCUCACCAGACAGACUCAGUGGACGUCCCGGGGAUGCAUCUGGGUGAUGUGUACUACGGCGAAGACGUCUCCUUCCCAUGUAUGGAGAUAGGAGAGAUGAGAGGAUGGGACGAGGAGUGGCUCUCAUGACAUGUCAUCCACUCUAGUCGAACAACUAGGUCUCCAAAGACUGCUGCAUGCAUGCAUCUGUGCUGAACAGCUGGAGUGUGAUGAAUGGAAGAAUUGCCCACUCUAGCCAGUACAAAUAGAGACUAGGGUUGAUGAAAUCUAAUGACCAUGUACUACUACUUUACUGCGUCCAAGUUAUAGCGUGUUUUUUCAGUCUAAAAAAUAAAACACGUAUUGGUCGUAGCCUGGGACAUGCAUGGCAUGCUAUGCUUAAGCAGAGAAGUGUGAGCUGCAGCAUGCAUGGAGCCAUGCAACACCUUUAUUGGGCAGUAUGAGGAGAGUGUGGUCAGGUUGAUUGUUUUAACUUUCAGUCUGAGAAAUAUUUCAGCCACAGCCGCAUUUCAGUUUGU